AUGACCAUUCGCUUUCUCUCCGCGUUCCUUUCCUGCUCGACGCUGGUAUCUUGCAUCCUUGCCUCGUCCGCGAACCUGCAACGCCGCGACGGGUUCAUUCCAAGCGGUCCGAAGUUCGUCGUCUAUUCAGCCUCCGCGGUCGACGAGGGCGUUCUUCCACCCCUCUACGAGAUACAGGGAUUCAAUGUUCUGAACCUGGCAUUCCUGCAAUGCGAUGGCCCAUACGGUCAAGCAAAGAGAUGGGCUGAUCUUCCAAUCGAUCAGCGCCAGCAACUCAAGGCCCAGUACAACGCCGCGGGUGUCUCCCUCGUUGUUGCGGCGUUCGGAGCCAACGACCUUCCGACGACCAACGGGCUGGACCCGACCACCAUUGCGGGCACCAUGGCGCAGUUCGUGCUGGACAACAACUUGGACGGCGUUGACGUCGACUACGAGGAGUUGGAGCUCAUGCGCUCCCAGGCCGGUGUCGGCGAGACGUGGGUGUCGACGUUCACCCAGGCGUUGAGGGCGCGGCUUCCACAGGGGCAGUUCAUCAUUUCGCAUGCACCUGUCGCACCCUGGUUCGAGCCCUAUCUCUGUCCGGGCGGGUGCUAUCUUACAGUUCAUCAGAACGUCGGUGAUCUCAUCGACUGGUAUAACAUCCAGUUCUACAACCAGUCUCCUGAUCCUGGCUACGAGAAUUGCGACACCCUUCUGUAUAACGCCGGGGGCUCAUCAGUCUUCGAAAUAUUGGGCCAUGGUGUCGACCAGAGCAAGAUUGUCAUCGGCAAACCUGCGAGUACGCAGGACAUGACUAAUGGCGGAUACAUGGAUCCUGCUGCUCUCGGCACUUGCGUCGCACAAGCAGUUGGUCAGGGCUGGAAUGCCGGCGUUAUGACGUAUCAGUUCCCUCAUGCCGAUACGGCUUGGCUUUCUGCAGUGAAGGGCAGUUCGUUCAAUCAGUAG